UGCGUCCUCUGCGUUGCCGCUGCGUUUGCCGUUAAAUGGAGGCGUUUUUAUGGCUCGUGUUUAUGACACGCGCAGGCUGUUGAAUGCGUUUGUCGGCUCGGUAAUAACUGCUUAGUUGCGUCGCGAGGCCCGCGUCCCCUGCGUUCAUUCGUGGCGUUAAAUGCUUGUAAAUAAACGAUGUCUUGUUGCGCGGUCUUCUUGUGAAGUAAAUGCUGUUCUUUUCGUGCAUUUAUUGAGCUGUUGUGAUUCUGAUGUCAUAUGUAAAGCAUGCACGGGGGGCGUUUGUGUACAGGCCUCUGGAUUGUGUUUUAACGGGCAAGCUUGCGUUUCAUUGUGCGUAUCUUUAUUUUCUCGUCUAUGUAAUGUCCUGCAAUGCAACGAGUGCACUGCAUUGAUGAUGCAGAGUGCCACUCAUUUGAGCUGCAUGUUUACAAAUGCAUGUGCGUUUUUUCUUUAUUCACAGCCGUGUACGUGCGUUAGGUCUGCUAUGUUUGUGCCAUCGUAAGGAUAUGAAUCUGACGUUGUAUUAUUGAUGGAGCCUGGAUGUUGCAUCUCUCUGUUGGUGAAUGUAAGACAUCAGGUGAUGCAUUCAGCAUCCUGACAGUGUUUAGCAUCAGACAGACGAUGUGUAGCGUGAACUGCGCUCGUGUGUGUGUGUGUGUGUAAGCGUUAGAUAUAUGAAGCAUGUGAGCGAUGAUGUAAUGCUGUAAAUGAGUGAGUGAGUGUGGCGGCACGUGCCCGCGGCGCCCUGCUGGACAGUGCGCGCUACUGCAGCACUGCUGCGCGCGCGGCCUGGAUGGACGAGCUCUGUAAACAUGCGUUCAGUGAAGCCAUAAACAACUUUAAACAUACUGCAGCAUCAUCAGAGAGACCAACACAGAUGGACUUUUAAACACUUUCUUUAUACACACAAUUUCUGUUAUUGUUGUGAAUGAUUCUAUUGUUGCAGAAUUAUAAAUCGUUGUCAUUUUUCUUUAAAGUUUAAUAGCUUUAUCAGCUCUGGAAUUACAUAUUUUGGGGGAAAGUCAGCUUCAAUCUGUGCUUUUGGUCUUUUUCUCCUACUGUCAGUUUUGAUGUGUUUUGGAGGCAUGGAAGUAAAUUUCUUCAUCUUUUGUUUUUUCUGAGUUGGGUGAUGAAGGCAUCAAAUCCAACCUUAUUUUAUUUUAAUCACGGUCUUGUUACCUAAAAUAUAACACUGGGAUUAAAAACAUUUUUACACAGCAGGGUUAGUUACAGUAACACAGUGUUACAAUUAAGCCUCAGGUAUACAAUGAUAAUGAAAUGAUAAUAAAAUAUCAGGGGAAAUAACUUACAAUUAUGAUUUUUUUGGGGUCUUAAUUGUGUAAAUCUAUUUCUAUGCAUUGCUGCAUAAUUCAAGGAUGGUUAGAUGAAGGAUCAUGGAUGGAUGAAUGUGUGGAUAUCUUUUUAUUAUAGGCAGAUAUAUAAACAAUAUCCUCUUUUAUAUAGACAGAAUUUUAUUGAGUUAUUUGUGUUUGAACUAAAGCAAGUGUUACAACAGUUUAUGGGGUAAAUUAUAACGUUUGCACUCCUGUCACUUUCGGUGUAAUUGUACGAUAACGGCAGGUCCCACAAACAAACUUUAAGUGUUCAUUUGUAGCAGAGAUGUGUGUUGAUUGUGUAAAAAAUAUUCAUGUAACUUAAAUAUUUUUUGAAUGAUAGAGCCAAAGCCAAAAAGCGUUAGUUUGUGCCCCACUCUCCCCUACUGUUUUCUACAUAAAAAAAACAUCCUAAAUGUCAUGUCAAAGAAAUUACUAAGAAAUAAAACGUCCAUGCCCCUCAUUAUAGAUUAUGAGACUUUAUCCUCACAGCAUCACAAAUUUGCAAUGGAUUUUUGAUAUUCCAUGCCAUUCCUGUUGAAUGUCAUGUUGCUGUUUUAUGUCCUGAAUAUAAUAAAGUGGCAUUGAUGCAAAAAUCUUUGUUUAUGUUCAAUAAAAGAAAGAAAUUAAUCUCUUAAAAAUAAAGGUGCUAUAUGAUGCCAUCAGUGGCGGAGCCAGAGGGGGUUCGGGGUGGCACUUGACCCCCCUGACAUCUGACUGGCCACUCCAAAUUUAAUGCGCUAUUUUCACUCCCUCCCUUCUGGUUAAUUAACGUGUUUAUUUUAUUAUAAUUCUCAAAUAUUAAGAGAAUAUUGUUUGUCUUUCUGUGGACUGAAGAAAGUUUAUAAUAAAGACUAGCCUUUCUUUUCCAUUUGCAAUAUUUUUACAUAACUAAAUGCCUUGUUUUUAUUGAAGUGAUCUUUUUAUUGUAUGAUGAUUAGUUUCACUGUGCUGGACUGGAUCAUUGUGUUUGCGGCACAGAGCUUAAAUGAAUUUAGGUUUGCGUCUUUUUGGCUGGAACGGACAAAUAAACAAAACAUUUGUCAAGGUAUCAUAGUAAACAAUUGUUUAUGUCCUUAUAGAAUUAAAUUGUAUUGCAUUGAUCUUAUAAUAUAAGCCUAAAAAACAGAGAAAAUCACUCACUGCUCCUGUUUGACCAACUUCUGUAACUUUGUAAAAAAAGAUGAAUCCAUAUUUACUUCUAAAUAAAUUACUUUAUUGCCAAAAAUCCUAUUUGGAGUUUCCGGACCAACUUCUAUGAAAGUGACUGUAGUUAACAUCAGAUCUUUUGCUUUAUUAGCAGACAGUUCACGAGUUUAAAUUAACAUGUAAUCAGUAGGGUGAUAUGAUAAGUAAAGCAUAAAGUAAAAGUAUAAGUAAAAGCAUGCUGUCCGAGGGGAGUGACAUUUAUUUUCAGGAAGUAUAACAUCGGUUGCAUAAAAUAUGAAUUGUUUUUAGUUAAUAUUUAACUCCACAGAUAAUCAAACCUGUACACACACACACUGCGUAUGAGAUUCAUAAGAUUGUUUUGCUCAUCAUGAGUUGUCGAAAUAUAGAUGAGUUCUUCUGGAUUUUUGAAUGAUCCGAUGAAUGUUUAACUUCGGAAGGACGUUCGGCUUUCUUAAAUCUCAUGAGACCCAAUGUGUGUGCGUGCGGUCCGGCUCCCGAAACUUUCAUGCCCCUGUGUGCUGCCGUUGAGGGUGGCGGAGUGAAGCGCUCGAGGCUCCUGGCAUGGGCAGUGUAGGGAGCGGGGCCUCCAGUCAACGCCCCAUCACCAUGCGCAGCGUGGGCACCCGCACCACCCCUAACGGUCCCCUGGUGGCCGCACCGCCUCCCAACUCAGCCCGUCGCCGUCUGGACGACCGAAGUUUCAGCGCCGACCGCAUCCCUGGGCCCAGCACCAAAGCGAAAGGCGUCUCCGCCGACGAGCGUAGCUACAACGCCGAAAGGGAUUACCACGCCAACGCUCGCAGUCAUGCGGAUGCCGAACGCGCCGCGGCUCAAAAUGCCAACCGUCAGCAAACGGUCAACGGUGAGAGGCUGGUGUCCAACACGGUGUUCUCUAACGGCGGGUCACGGAGAGAAGGCCACCGGAGAGGAGAGAGUCUGGACUUGUGCGGUAACAACAUAGUGCUUAUGACAAAUGAGAAAAACGUCAAUCAUCAACCUGCACCACAGCACAAAGAGAAAAACAAAGCCAAACCUGAUAAUCAAAACCCACCAAACAUUCUGCCCGUCUCUGGGAAGCUGGAGCAUGCACAGACGAAUGACUCUUUGGUGCGUCCGUCAGCCUUCAAACCCGUAGUGCCCAAGAGCUUUCACUCCAUGCAGAACCUGGUGUGUCCUCUUCAGACCAGCUCGGGUACGAGCGCUGGUCCGGGCAGCAGUGGAAGUGGAGGCAGCGGAGGAGAAAAAGGAGGGCAGAACCCGUCCGGAGCGCAGUGGGAACAGGACAGUCCCAGUAGUCGGGGAACACACACGGGAGCGGGCAGGCCUGGUCAGGGCAGUCUGUCUGAUUCUGGGAGGAACUCGCUUACCAGUCUGCCCACGUACACGGGGUCGAGCUACGGCCCUCCUCCUGCGCUCGGACCCCUCAGUGCCUCCACCAGCCACAUCAACAGGCUAGGCACCGUCGCUCUGGAUAAACUCGACAAGCCGGGAUAUCAGAAUGGCGUCAGCGCGUCCGAUAGUGGCCGAUCUUCUUCUGGCAAGAGUUCCUCGUCGUAUCAACGGCUGAGUCACAUGAGCGACGCUCCUGCUCCUUUGCGUCCUUCUCCAUCCUCGGACGAUCUCAUUCAAGACCUGGAGGACCGUCUGUGGGAGAGAGAACAGGAAGUGCUCCACAUGCGACGUAACCUGGACCAGAGCGAGGCAGCCAUCGUCCAGGUGUUUGAAGAGAAGCAGCGCGUGUGGGAGCGCGAGAUGGAAGAUUUGAGGCAGAACUACGCCGGUCGGCUCCAGCAGGUGACCCGACGGGCUCAGCGCACGCAGCAGGCCCUGCAGGCGCAGAUCAGCCGUCUGCAGCAGGACAAACGCAGACUGCAGGAUGAAAUGACUUUGCUGCUCGCUCAGAGAGAAGAGCUGGAGAAAAAGUGCUUGGACUUUAGGAAGGAACAGGCUGAUAUCUUGCCCAGACUUGAGGAAACCAAGUGGGAGAUGGUCUAUGUGCUCUCGCAGGUGUGUCAGAAAGCAGGUGAAAUCUCUUUACUGAAGCAGCAGCUGAGAGAGAGUCAGGGUGAAGUAACGCAGCGAGCGGGUGAGAUGGUGGCACUGAGAGGACAACUGAAAGAGCUAAACGCUCAACUGAGAGAGAGAGAAGAGGCCGAGAUCAGCCUUAAAGAGUCGUUCUGCACCAAAACACUGGAGCUGGAAAGAUGUGAAGCUGAACUACAGAGCAUGUUGGCUGAGGUCACCGUACUGAGGGACAAACUAAGCGUGUUUGAAACGGAGGUCACGCGCUUGAAGAAAGCCCUCAAUGAGCUCAGCAGCGGCAGUCGUGCCGGCGAACCCGGUCUGCCUGAAAUGGGUCAGCUGGUGGCGUCCCGCAGCCGAGAGCGUCUUCUCUCGCCACUCAGCCCUCCGGACACGCCCGCGUCGCUCGCCCCGCUCCCCGCCCUGCCGGCUCCAGACACGCUUCUCACCCUCCAGAGCGACGACUCAAAGGUCCAGUGGCAGGAGUCGGGCGACCUGCUGCGAAAGCUGGAGCGGCUGCAGAGCGAGCUCCGGGUGGAGCGGCAGCAGCGCGAACGACAGGCUCUCACCUUCGCCCAGGAACGCCAAACCUGGCAAGAAGAAAAGGAGCGAGUGCUUAAAUACCAAGCGCAGUUGCAGCUCAGUUACGUGGAGAUGCUGCAGAAGAACCAGGCUCUGGAGGAGCGAGUGGAUAAGCUGGGCGGUCAGAUCACCACGUCACCCCAGGCUUCCAUCGCCUCCCCCGCCUCGCCUCCCUCCGCGGCCUCGCAGGAGGUGCCGCCGUCCGUGUCUAUAUCGCUCACAUCGCCGACUCCACCAGUGGAAGACAAGACGCUGCCGGAGCUGCACCAACUGGCACCGCUGUGGCCGGUUCCAACUCGGCUGGAGAGGAUCGAGUCGACGGAGAUCUGACCGCGGCGAACGUGAACUCUGUGAUGCAGUAAAGCCCCGAUUACAAUAGCAUUCAGUACAGUCCAAAAAAUAAAUGAACGGUGACCGUACAGCUUCCGAGGACUGUCCAAGGAUGCCCUGCUUGUGUGGGGCAGGCGUUUGGGUUGAGAGCUGGUUUGUUGUUUGGUUAUGCGCACUUGUGGCCUUAUCAGCCGGCGGAGGGUUGGUCGAUUGGAUUAGGAUAGAGGUGCUGGCCCAAAGGAACUAGAUACACGUCUGGAUUUAACACUCAGGGGUUUAAGGGAGGCGUAACAAUUCAGACCUAAGGUUGAGACCUGACUGUUUUAGCUUUUAGCUUGAAGUGUGUUUUCAUUAGAGGUCUAUUUUAAAGAUAAGCUUUUAAAGGUGAGGUGUGUCAUUUUUGGAACUACCAAAUGUGAAAUAAAAAAAGACUGUUUUAAAACCUCCAUCUGCCAUUGGUUGGACUUAUAUGAUAGUGUUGACUGCCAUAUUUUAGGGUGACCAUACGUGCCAUUCUUCCCGGACGCAUCCCUUCCAGGAUUUUGUGUUCGUCUCCCGGAAGUCAUAUUUGUCGACCGCAUACGUCAUAGAGGAUUAUUAUUAUUACAGAAAAGCAACCGUUACAUUUUAAGGUAAGAAUGGAACUAUGUUUGUAUAUCUUAUGUUUUUAACUGAAUGGCGUAUGCGGUCAACAAAUACGACUUCCGGAAGACGCACCGAAAUCCUGGACGGGAUGUGUCCGGGAAGAAUGGCACGUAUGGUCACCCUACCAUAUUUUGGGAAAUCAACCUAGAAAUGGUUUACUUCACAUGAAACUGGUAUUUAAUAAGGCCGUACACACUAAGCGCAAAUUCAAAGAUUUGCGCAAGUAGAUUACAUACAAAAUUAAUGCAAAGACGCGAAUAGACGCAAACUCGCGUGGGGCGAUGCGAAUGACGCGAAACGUGCUAUUCGCCUUACUGUGGGUUCACACCAGAUGCGAGUUCAACGAUUCGCGCGAGUAGAUUACAUACAAAGUCAAUGCAAAGACGCGAUCAGACGAGUCCUCGCGAUAUGGGCGGCAUGUUUUUGCCGCAAAAAACACGUGCUAUUCGCCUCAAACGCGUCUUUGCCCAAGUUGAAAAUAUUCAACUCGAGCAAAAAUUGCCAUGACACGAAGUAAAAUCCUGCAAGUAAUCUAGAGCAAGUAACGCGAUGCCCCGCGUUUGGUGUGUACGUAGUAUUACGGUGGGUUCACACCAGACGCGUUUGAGGCGUAAAAAAGCCGCUUCUAGUUUGCCGCUUGAACAUUUUGAGUUUACUCGCUUCAUUCGUGCGUGAAAGCCGCGCGUGAAAUUAUAGCAAUCAAGACAUUCACACGGAAAUUCACUUAUGCAACUCCGAUUUUUUAACUCGCACUUUUUCCGCGGCAACGCUCAAUUUGCGCCAUUCGCACAAACUAGACCUGCGUCAACGCAUCUUCACAUUGACUUAACAUUGAAAUCACUCGUGCUUGACGCCUCUACCGCGGCUGUUGUGAACGCAGCAUUAAACCUAUCUUCGCGCAAGUUAAAAAAAAACUCUUCACAUGACACAAAGUUAAAUCCUGCGAGUAAUCUAAAGCGAGAAACGCAAUGCUUUGCAUUUGGUGUGUAUGCAGCAUAGGUGUGUUAACAGAAAUAGACAGACUUCACCUUUAAAGAAGCAGCAGAUUAACUUGAUUUUUUUUAAAUAUAUCAAAGGAUAUUCUAUGAUCAGUUAUGAUAACAUUUCACUUUUGAGAACUGUAAUAUGCAGGACACAAACAAUCGAAACAACAGUUAAGAAAUGAAAACAUCUGCAGGGAGUCUCCUAUGGUGCUUAGAUACAACGCAACAUCACAGCUUAAAAAUCUGAGGACCAAAUGUUGGUGCCGGUCUCUGAGUGUCUGGACUGCUUUGUUGUUUUUUGUCGGACUGUAAGGGCAGUAGAAACUUUACGCAAGCACACAGACGAACGUUUGGACCGCUGUACCGCCAAUAAAACCCAAGACAAACCAGUAGAGACCAUUAUAGUUUCCAUGGCAGCCAUUAAAAUGAUCUGUGAUGGUUUUUUAGCAGGGUAGCCCAUAGUUAUAUUAAAUAAUAAUAUUCUGGCUCUCUUAGCUUUAUAACGGCAUCGUAUAGUGCCCCAUUUUUAAAGCUCCAAAACAGAGAGACCAAAACGCAUACGGUUGUUGCAUUAUGCUUUGCAUUCCCACUAAUAAAUUGUUUACGUGCUUGCGUAAAGCGUGUGUCACAUCCUAAGGCCCGGUGCGAUACAGAAGCGCUCAACCCUCCUGCUCUAUCACCCAAAGCAGUGGUGGAGGACAUAUAUUUAUUUCAUCUCAGAACGUACUGUAUCACCUGAAUGUUGUUUUUGCCCUUUUUCUAUGUUUUGAGCAAUGUAUAGUACAAUAGACAGAGAGAUGAAGAUUUAAAAAAUGAUGUAUGUUGGUGCACUCGAUGCUUUGGUCUCAGACCGUAUUGGACGCCGUUGUUAUGAACAACAGGUAGAGAUUGAGGUUUGGUUUAUGAAGCCGCCGGAUGAGCGGCUGAGCCAAAAUUGUGCUGAGGGCGACUGGUCGGACUAUCUAAAGAAUUAGUGAUUAUAUUUGAAUAUGACUUUACAUUCUUCCAAAAUGAACAUAUAAUAUGUGUCAGUGUAUACUUACUGAAAGUAUAGAAUAUUUGACUUUGAAAAAAUGUUAAUAUGCAGUAGAUCGAAGUGAUAACUUAAUUGUUUUGGAGUAAGUGCACAGAAAAUGAUGUGGAAGUAUUUGAAUGGGACUGAAAUCUCAAUUUUGUGGUAGUUUGGAGAUGAAAAUAGACGUUUGGAUGCAUACUACCAUACUAUUUCUGUAGUAUGCACUAGGGAUGCACCGUUACAAAAAUCGGUACCGAUACCGAUACAUACUGAUAAUUUUUGCUCUUUACUCUUAGUUUCAAAGUAUUAUGACAUGAAAUCCAAGAAGUUUGGAGUGUACAAACAGUAAUUUUGUUUUUAAAAUUAGUGUGGGAAAAAUGCUUUUUUCCCUGUGAUGCCGAUAUAUAUCGGUGCAUCCCUAAUAUGUACAAUCAUUUUUAUUUCUUUUAUGAUAACUGGAUACUUUCUUACUAACUGAAUACUAUGCUGUGUAUAAUUUUUUUUCCAAGAAUAGUAUGUGAAACAACAUGAUGGAGUCCUAUUUUGGAUGACCUCAUCAUUUUAGUCAGAGAUUGGUGUCCUGUUAUCAUCUCAGAAAUAAAAAUGCAAUUAUUUUUGCAAUUUUAUCGUAAAACACAAAGAUUUGUCUAUAACAAUAAUAUGACAAGUAGGAGAGUAUUGGUAUGGAAAUACGUGAGUGCAUUGCAUUGUGGGACACUGCAUACUCGACAGAGAUAUCGUGCGUAGUAUGCCAUCCUGAACAUAGCUUUUUGACAUAAUUUUUAAUACGGGCUCUGACGACAGACAAAAGUGGUUCAGUAUUGUAUAGUGGUAACAUUUUACAGAACACCUUUUGUCACAAAGUCUUUAAAUGUAGCGCAUAAGCUAUAAAAAGUUUCCUAAAUCUAUGACUUUUGCCCUGCUUGUUAACCAAUCCCUAUUAUGCAUAAAUCCUCGAAUGAUCAACAUUUUUAUGAUACUGCUUUUGGUCAUAUCCCAGCACUAGCAAGCCACCCUUACAGUAAAUAUGAACUGUAUCUGGCCUGUCUCUGUUCUGUUGAAAUGAAACAAGCACAAAGUAUAUACAGAAGUCACAGUCAGGUUAUUUAUUUGUUACGUUAUAUAGAAACGCAAUAGAAAGAUUGAUGUGGAAGACUUGGAGCCUUAUGUCGCUCAUGGCUCUUAUACGUUUUCCAGAUGCUUGUGCCUCUUAUUUUCUGUCAUUACUAGAGUGAUGACAUUUUUAAGAUAAUCAUGACACUUUAUGACACUAGGUGUUAUAAGGGAAACGGACCGGAUGGAGCUUUAGAUGGACGCCACACCUCUGCUGUCUUUGGCCGCAUUUGCUGCUAUGUGCUUCUGUUGUGUCCUGCUGUGUACUUGGUAGAGACAAAGGCAGUCGACUGCAUGUAAAUAUCACUGUUCCUUAUGUGUACAGAACUUAAUCUAUCCAAAUAUACCGAGCUAAUGCGUGUGAAUACUUUUGUGAAGUAAUGAGACUGACAUGUCAGCUUUUAUUUUUCAAACUAUUAUUAUUAUUAUAGGAAUAUAAUAUACAUAUAAAUCGGAAAACCUUUGAUCGGCUGUAUUACUGUAAAGUCAUACAUUCAAGAGUCCAAUGUCUUUAUGUUUUAUUUAUCAGUUCUUGAAAUGUAUGGUUGAGCAAAACGGCACCGAGGUUUUGUAAACGUUCAUUUGAUCCCCUUUCUUUUUUUCAGAAUUUGCUCGGGAAAAGCAUAUCUUAGCAAAUAUUAAUUUAAAUAAUAAAGAUGUGAAUAAGAAAAAA